AUGGACGCCGUUUACCGCAAGCAGAAAUCCCUGACUGAACUACUCCAGGAAUCCACUCAUUCUCUCGCCGAGGCCCAAUGCACAAGGCCGUUACUUCCGGAUCCCGAGAAGCUCACUGGCACAAGUGUCAAAUUUGAUAGGUGGGUCGCUGCUAUACGGGCCAAACUAGAACUUGAUGCUGAGGCAAUCGGGGAUGCCCAAGCACCGUUCUACUAUGUUGAGUAUGAUCAAACAUCCGGCAACGACGACUACAAUGCCAUCAUCGAUCAGCUUGCCGGUGUUUUCGAAACCUCGAACAACGUUCAAGAAGCGGAAAAUGGCCUUUCUGAUCUCAAGCUAAAGGGAGAGCUCUAG